AUGUGGCUUUCAUCCUCUGUACAGAUUCAAGUAAAUAUUCGCACAUUUCGUCCCUAGAAACGAAUUGAGGAGCAGGUUUAGAUAUUGAAGGCUGAUAGAUGAAUGAGCUGUCUGAGAUGGAGGGAAAACAUCUAGAAAUUUUAAAAUGCGGAAAGUUGAAAAUUACAUAUACAAGAUCACACUUACUGUCAUUGAGUGGAUUGGAGCAAUGUAAAGCAUUCCCUCCGGAUUUUGACAUCUCCGUGUUAUGUGAAUUUGAUGAUGAACAAGGAAGGUUGCAGUCCAAUACUGCUGUAACCUCAUGCUAUAGCCACCGUAACAAUGAAUCAUUACAAUGCACUAGGUGUAGUUCGUUUAGAAAGUUUCAUAGCCCUUUAGGAAGAUGGGAGAAUCAAACUUGCAGGUCAACGGAAGUGUGCUUUCUCAGUGGACAUACUGGUUCAGAUUCCAGGAAGCGGGAUACAUCAGGGGUAAUUGGGCCAAAACCUCAAGAAAAUGACCAGGUUUACAAUCAGCUUAGGAAAAGUGAGAACCCUUACCGUCCCCCAACUACCUGUAAGGAUGUCAAUACCAAAUCAGAAGACUCAAAUUCAGUGAUUAACUUUGGUGCUGAAGAGGAUUUAUUAAUGCAUAUGAAGACUUCUCCACCUCUCAUAAACAAAAGAUUGGGCGUGCCCUUCAUUUCGAGCAAAGAAUCUGCUGACGAUUUUUUGGGUGAGAGGGAACCGUCAUGCAAAGUGGCUAAAUCUGAUCAGGGGAGUGAAGUUAUAUAUUCUCUUGCUCAAAAUAAAAGCACAAGUGUUGGUAUGAGAGAGAACAAAUCAACAUUUCCUUCAAGGACCUUAGAAGAGCAUCACAACUGUGCUAUAGAUAGCAAGAGCAACUGUUUAUUGGCAAUUGAGAGGCCCUAUGUUCCCAAUCUGGAUGAUGCAAUGAUUAAGGCUUCUUCAGAGGAAGUUGUGCAAAAUUCUAUGCUGGAUCUUGGUCCAAAUCCAAUCCCUGGAACCGACAUUGAUCAGAACAAAGUGCUGUCCUCUUCAAUUGGAAGUUCAGUGGAUACAAUUGCUAAUAUGCCCACUCUUGAUACAAAGGAUAGCUUCAUAACCUCUAUCCUCAUUGCUUCUGGAGCAUAUGGCACAGUUUAUAAAGACAUCAACACUUCAAUUUUUUCCGAUUCCAGGAAGCGGGAUACAACAAGGGUAAUUGGACCAAAACCUCAAGAACAUGGCCCAGUUUACAAUCAGAUUGGGAAGAGUGAAAACCCUUACCGUCCUAUACUUACCCGUAAGGAUGGCACUACCAAAUCUGAAAACCCAAAUUUAGUGAUUAACUUUGGUGCUGAAGAGGAUCUAUUUAUGCAUAUGAAUAAGCUUCCACAUCACAUUAUGUUGAGCAAAGAAGUUGCUGACAAUUUUUUGGGUGAGAGGGAACUGUCUUGCAAAGUCACCAAAGCUGAUCAGGGAAGUGGACUUAUAGAUUCUCUUGCUCAAAAUAAAAGAACAAAUGUUAGUAUGGGAGGGUACAAUUCAACAUUUCCUUCAAGGACCAUAGGAGAGCAUCACAACUGUGUCGGGGAUCGCAAGAGCAACUGCUUAUUGGCAAUCGAGAGCCCCUUUGUGUCCAAUGUGGACGGUGCAAUUUUUAAGGCUUCUUCCGAGGGAAAUUCUGAGCUGGAACUCUGUCCACAUGCAAUCCCUAGAACCGAAGUCGAUCAGAACAAUGCUCUAUCCUCUUCAAUUGGAAGUUCAGUUGAUACAAUCAUUAACAUGCCACCUUCUGCCACAAACGAUCGCUUCUUAUUAACCUCUCUCCUCAUUGCCUCCGGAGCCUACGACACGAACUAUAACGACAUUAAGACUUCGAUCCUUGCUGGGGAGCUUGAGAUGGCUAACUCCGAAGAAAACCCAUCAUCUUCUGAUUCUCUCCCCUCUACCAUAUCUGAUAAUAAUACAGACAACGAUGAUUCAGAAGCUGCAUUAUGCCUGCCAGAUGAAGAAGACUUGCUCACAUUUGAUUAUCUCAAAAUGCAGGCGCAUGACAGUUCAAUCACUCCCAGAGAUCUAACAGGUUGCAGUAACUGCUCUAACCCGGCAUCUGACAAAAACAAGAAUUUCAUACAAACAUGUAUGAAGACAAUGCCUGCAGUGUAUUACCACCCUUUUCCCCGUGCACCUCCGUGGAAAACAAUGCCUUCCGUGUUUAAAAGACUCGAUCUUUCUGAAGAACAACGUUUGCUUCCUCAGCAACGGCAGGCAAGUAACUUCCAAAGAUUUCCAUUCAAUAAUAAUAUAACAACAAUGCCUUCCUUAACCUCUUCUUCCUCCAUCCUCCACAAACUCUGCACCCCAACUCCCUUCUUCGGCAUCAAACUAUGGAUUCUAAUUCUAAUUCCCACCUCUCUAAUCGUAUCACUAUUCACUCUCCUCCUCCUCCUCCUCAUCGCCCUCUCCUGCCCCCGCCCCAAAAAGCCCCGCAACAAUAAUGCCUCCCCGUCCAUGAACCCGAUGCCUCGACUUCCCCGUGAACGCCCCGAGCUCGGCGGCCGCUGCGGGAGCAGAACGAGCGGCGGGGAUGUGGAGUCCGGCGGGGGGUGUUGGCGGCCGAGACUGCGGUUCACGGUGGAGGAGCUGGAGGCGGCGACGGGCGGGUUCGCUUGUGGGAAUGUGAUCAGCUGCGGCGAGCGCUCGGUCGUUUACCGUGGGGUGCUGUUGGAUCGCACUCGAGUCGUGAUCAAACGCCUGCUCUGUUACAGGGAUAAAGUUGAGGACUUCAUUAAAUUGGUGGAGGGAGUUCGGUGUAUAAGACACAAAAACUUGGUGAAAUUAGUUGGCUUUUGUGCUGAAGGAAUUUACAGGGUUCUUGUGUAUGAAUAUGUAGACAAUGGUACUCUAAAGCAUUGGCUUCACGAUUGCCCGAGCCACGCCAGCCCGUUAACGUGGCGCAUCCGAAUGAAUAUUAUUCUUGGAGUCGCCAAAGGUUUGGCUUUCCUUCAUGAAGAUACAGAGCCUUUAGUGGUGCACCAAAACUUAAGUUCAAGCAAAAUACUUCUUGACAGGCAUUGGAACCCUAAGAUCACUGAUUUUGGUAUGACCAAGAACCAUGGUUCUGUUUGGAAGAACCACAAUAAUGUUCUUGCACCACAAAGCGCAUGCCCCGAAAACCUUGACGAGAAGAGCGACGUCUAUAGCUUUGGCAUACUUAUCAUGGAGAUCAUUUCUGGAAACGCAAUUACAUUUAACACCGCUUUUGAAACUGAGGAAUGCUUGAUAGAUUGGAUAAAAAUCAUGGUGGAGCACAAGAAAGUUGAAGAACUGGUGGAUCCAAAGCUGACGGAAACGCCCUCGCCCGUGGAGAUGAAACGGAUCAUACUCAUUGGCCUCCGUUGCGUGGAUCCGGACGCGAACGACAGGCCGAAGAUGGGAGAAGUGAUCCACAUGCUAGAGCCUCGCGACCUCCUCCUCAGCGACGAAAGGGUUCUUAAGAAGCAGACUUCUCGACGGAGUUCAGUAAAAGAAGAAGAUAUAUUGCAGGCUGCUGCUUCAUCAAGAAAAAACUAACAUUUUUUCUUCUGGAUGUCUCAUACAAAUUUUACUUCAGAGGCUAGAGUUUAGACGUCAAUUAUAUUUUGAUAAAUAUUUCAUAAAUGAUUCUCUUAUAUUUGUCUUCUUCUUUUGGACAUUCACUUAACUCCCUCUAUCCUUGAAUUAACAUUACCUUUUGUGAUGUCCCAAAAAGUAGUCUUCUUUCAUCCUUUUGCAAAAGUUUUUCUGCCUCAUAUUUUUAAUUUGAAAUAUUUACACUAAAUAGCACUAAAGCUUUAAUUAUUUC